CUUUUUCCUUUGGUCUUAUUGAGUCAUUUCUUUCUUCUUCACUUCCCCCUGCAUAGGGCUUCGUUACCUCUUUCUCUCUCUCUCACACACGCACUCUCUCUCUCUCUCUCUAAACCCAUCAUCGGAUCUGAGUUCCCAAAACUAACCCCACAAUCUGCCCGUUUUCCCACACACUCACAAGACUCUCACAUCCUCAGUUUUCACUCUCACUCAUAUUUAUACACGCAGAGAUACUUUGUACACAUUACUGUGAGCUCAGUUUAUAGCUGGAUCUCAGUCUUGGAGUUGAUUUUGAGGCAUUUUCAUGGGAAUGCCGCCUCCAAACGUAGGAGGAGAAGAAUGAGCAAAACUAUUGAAGUAGAAGAAUACGAAGAGAACGACUACUUUCACGACUCUCUUGAUCGUUUACUCUCUUCUUCACACACUUCUUGUUCCUCCUCUUCUGAAGACGAAAACGAGGAUGGAUAUCCUAUUUCCAAUUUGGGAUCCCCCAAUUAUGCCAUUUUAGACCCACAUUCAGUCCCUAAAUUCCCAAUGGGCGUUUUAAACAACUAUGAUGUGUGGAUCUCAGAACCUUCCUCUAUUGAAGAACGCCGUUUUCGUCUUUUUCGUCAAAUGGGUCUUAGCCUCAGAUCGGUUUCAUCACUUCAUUUGAAGUGCCAGACUAUUAGUAGUAGCAAAUGUAGUGUUUCUGGGAUCGUUCGAUCAAAAUUAGAUGGCGAUUCCAAUUCCUCUAGUUUUCCUUCUUGUUCUUCAGUUCAUAAAAGUAGUGAAAUUCUUUGUGUUAAUGCCGAUGAUAGUAUAGUUGUACAUAAUAAUGGAAAUGUGGAUCAAUUACAUAAUGGCGAUGGAUCUGCAGCGGUGGCGAUUAGAGCUGAUUCGAGGGACAAUGAAAGCUGUAAUUUGUUGGAAAAUGGUGAGGUAGAGGAGGAGAAUGAUUUGGAAUCGAAUGGAGACGUUGAAAUUGAGGAGACGGCGUGUACUAUAAAGGAUCUGGAUAAUGGGAAGAAGUUUGUGGUCAAUGAAGUGAGAGAGGACGGGAUGUGGAACAAACUUAAGGAAGUCAGUACCGGUAAGCAAUUGACUAUGGAAGAAUUUGAUAUGUGUGUUGGAACUUCACCAAUUGUUCAGGAAUUAAUGAGACGACAAAAUGUGGAAGACGGUAAUAAUAAUAAUAAUAAUAAUAAUAAUAAUAAUAAUUUGGAUAUUGUGAAUGGGAUUGCUGGAGCUGGGCUUAAAACUAAGAAAAGGGGAAGCUGGCUAAAGAGCAUUAGAAAUGUGGCUAGCUCGGUAACAGGUCAUAAGGAGCGACGAAGUAGUGAUGAGAGGGACACGUCUUCUGAGAAAGGUGGCCAAAGGUCAAGCUCUGCGACGGAUGAUAGUCAGGAUGGUUCGCUUAAUGGACCUGAAAGAGUUAGGGUUCGACAAUAUGGGAAAUCCAGCAAAGAACUUACUGCUCUUUAUAAGAGCCAAGAGAUACAAGCACACAAUGGUUCUAUUUGGACUAUUCAAUUUAGUUUGGAUGGAAAAUAUCUUGCUAGUGCUGGUGAGGACCGCGUCAUACAAGUUAGGAAGGUUACAUCAUCAGAGAGGAAAGGUGAUCUAUUGUUGGAUAAACGAGAAGAUGGGAAUUUGAAUCUAUUGUUUUUGGCUACUGGAUCUCCAGAGCCAGCUACUAUGUCGCCAAAUUUUGAUGGUAAUUUUGAGAAGAAAAGAAGAGGAAGGUCAUCUAUAAGUCGAAAAUCAAUAGGCUUUGACCAUGUUUUGGUGCCAGAGACUGUUUUUGCGCUUUCAGAAAAGCCUAUCUGUUCAUUUGAGGGCCAUUUGGAUGAUGUGCUUGAUCUCUCGUGGUCCAAGUCGGAGCAAUUGCUCUCAUCAUCAAUGGACAAAACAGUGCGGCUUUGGGAACUUUCUAGCAAAUCUUGUUUGAAGAUCUUCUCACACAGUGACUAUGUAACCUGCAUCCAGUUUAACCCUGUUGAUGAUAGAUACUUCAUCAGUGGGUCCCUAGAUUCUAAGGUUCGUAUAUGGAGCAUUCCAGAGCGGCAAGUUGUUGAUUGGAACGAUCUGCAUGAGAUGGUCACUGCUGCUUGCUAUACACCAGAUGGUCAGGGGGCAUUUGUUGGGUCGUACAAGGGGAGCUGUCAUUUGUACAACACAUCAGAUAAUAAAUUGCAGCAAAAAGCUAAAAUCAUUCUGCAGAAUAAGAAGAAAAAGGCUCACCAAAGGAAAAUUACUGGUUUCCAGUUUGUGCCAGGAAGUACAACCCAAGUGCUUAUAACAUCUGCAGACUCAAGAAUCCGUGUUGUUGAUGGUUCUGAUCUUGUUCACAAGUUCAAAGGUUUUCGUAAUACUAGUAGGCAUAUCUCAGCCUCUAUGACCGCCGAUGCUAGAUAUGUGGUCUGUGCCAGUGAGGAUUCACAUGUCUAUAUCUGGAAACAUGAAGGCGAUUCUCGACCAAGCAGGAAUAAAGGUGUUACUAUUACACAGUUUUAUGAGCAUUUUCAUUCUCAAGAUGUUUCAGUGGCCAUUCCUUGGCCUGGCAUGUCCGAUACAUGGAGAUUUCAAACUACAUCUUCGGGGGAACAAAGUGAUCAUGUUGGUAUCGACGAGGUGUCCACUGCUAACCAUCCACCUUCACCUGUUGAAGAGAAUGGCAACGAGUGCUCGCCGUUGACUUCUGGCUGUAGUAACAGCCCUCUUCAUGGAACCAUAUCUAGUGCCACGAACAACUACUUUAUUGAUAGAAUCUCAGCAACAUGGCCGGAGGAAAAACUUCUUCUAGCUACUAAAUAUCGUAGUAGUCCUCGAGCCAGUACAGAUUCUAGUAUUGAUUUUUCCAGUGGUUUAAAUCAAACAAAGUCUUGCUGGGGUUUGGUGAUUGUAACUGCAAGCCACCGAGGGGAGAUCAGGAUUUUCCAAAAUUUUGGCUUACCAAUCCGGUUUUAGAGACAAAAUGCAAGUCUUCGCGAUGAUUGGAAUAAUACAUGACCCAUGCACAAAGCAAGAACGUCUCGGGUUUGUUGGUCGAGAUGCCACAAUACACAGCUACAGCCAAAUUGUCGAAAUUUGUACAGAUAUUGGUGAGAUAUGUAAUAUAAGCAAUUUUUCUUUUUUUUUUUGUAUCAAAGACUCAGAUAAGGACCCUGCCUGACUAGGCACUGUGAAGGGGGGAAGUAGGGCAAACAGAAAGAGGAAAGAUCUAUCAUGAUCUGAGGAUAGUAUAAUGAAAAGGAAAAAAAGAAGGUACAACUUUGUUAGAAAAAUAUACUACUAGUUUUUUCUGUAAUCAGCAAUUGUAGAGUUGAAAAUCUUGUAAUUUCAUUGUACAUUUAAUUGAAACACAAUUCUUUGAUAAUUCA